AAAUAAGUUUUACAACUAUUAUCUACGCCACCUUUUUUUAACUUGAUCUCUGCCCAAAAGACAGCCCGUAACAAUCAAUUGCUUUGUUGGAUAGACUUGUUGAAACAGCGAUUUAAUUUUCAACCCUUGUCUUUUUAAAGAACAAUUGCCACUUUUGAUAUCUAGGCACUUUUUCCCCUCUCUUAUUAUUAUUACCCUUUCUCCUCUAUUAGGAGUAGUGUUUUUUUUAUUUUUUUUUUAUUUCGUAUAAACAGCAUUGGACUUAUUAAUUCUCAGCCAUCAUCAUUCUUAAAAAUAAUAAUGAAGAUUACAAGGACGUUUCCAAUCCUAUUACUGCUACUUUCGACCAGCACUAGUAAAGCACAAGAAUAUAGCUGUCUAUCCUUGCGGGAUUCAGUGACCUGUCCAGCCUAUAAAAAUUUUUACCUUAGUCCUGGAGGACUAGCACAACAAUACCCGUUUCUUUCGAAUGUGACGGAUGUACAGUCGUUUGAUGAAGGCAUGAAACAACUGAUGAAGACUGCCAAUCCAUAUUAUGUCGAGUUAGGCUGCUCCAACAAGGCAAGCUCCUCUUCAACCACGAUACCCUAUGCACGUUAUUCUUUAUCCUAUUUAUGUGCAUCUCUGAUUCAAGAUAGUUUAUACUCAUUACCUUGUAAUUUUGCCAACAAAGUGAACCCACCACCUUUAUGUCAAUCAACCUGCUUCGACUACACUGCUAGUGUACAAGCCAUUACUUCCAACUCGGAUGUCUGUUUCAAUCAAGAAUUACAAUCAGCUCGACUCGAAAAUAUGAAUUCGUCUUGUGUGUAUUGGUCUGGUUUGAACGGUACGUUGGAUUGUAUUCCUGGUAUAGCUAACGAACCCAACAAUUGUGGAUAUCAACUCGAAUCAGAUGGAUGUGCCUAUUGCAAGACCAAUGGCACUGACACCUGCUGUCAGACGAUUAGAGGAUGCAACGGUUUGUCGGUGGGUGCCAUUAUUGGUAUCAUCAUUGGCUCGUUAGCAUUGGCAGGCAUGAUGGGUGCAGCCUUUUUUUUCGUGCGAUACAAAAACAGCAGAAAGAAGAAUGGAGUUUCAUAUACGGGCAACAAAUUUAGCAUGAACCAUAAAACAGAGACCAAUGAUCGUUCCAAUGGAAUAGGAUAUGAGGCGUUAGGAUCUCAAGGUGCUUUAGUACAAAGUGAACAGCCCUUUUUAAAACCAAGUCAGUUGGAUACUGCAUUACCGCCAUUACCAUUACCACUAUCACUACCACCACAAGGAGGAGAUUUGGAAGAGUUUUAUCAGGUGAAGCAUCCUUACCCACCGCAGAUGGGCGAUGAGUUGGGCUUGCAUGUGGGAGAUAUUGUAUGUGUAGCCAUGAAUUUCGAUGACGGAUGGGCACUUGGAUUUAAUGUGACAACAGGUUUAAAGGGUGUGUUUCCAGUAGUAUGUGUAGCACCUGCACCUGAAGAAUUGCUGGAACAAUUACUCUUUGACCAACCAACAAAUAAAACUCUGGUGGAAGAAGGUUCAUUAGAUCAUUUAAAUAUGCAACAGAUUUGCGAGAACUUGAGAAGGUCCAUCAGUAUCUCUUCCAAGAGGACAAUCAAUACAUUACCGUCCACAGAAUUAACACAGCAUGGAAACAUACCAAGAAGAACUGCUAGUAUGAUGCGAAGUAAUUAUGAUUACCGUGAAAGCGAUUCUCCAACUUCCCCUACCACACGCACUCCCUUUUUUGAUGUAAAUAUCCUUCAACAGCAACAACAAAAUAAUUCUCUAUCACAACCAGAACCCGCUUUAUUUCAACCUAUCGAAACUUACGAAAUGCAUCGAAAAAACAAUCGUGUAUCUAAACUCGAAGAGCCAUAAAAAAAAAGUUAUAUACAUUUGAAAACAAUAAAAAAACAGACAUACACAUCACACAUAUUUUAGAUAUGACGAUAUCAUGGGGGUGUACAUAGGGGAAUGUGGUAGGCAUAUAUACCUAUUUGUGUGAAAAAAAAUAAAAAUAAACUCGUUCUGCGU